AAUAAAUGCGGGUGAGCACCGACCUGUCAGUAUAAUAAAAGAGAACUCCAACGAUCACAGAGAUAUGCCACGUGGACUUAUGCUUUGCUUUCCUAAAUACAAAUCUCCCUAACUCAACUAAUGAUGUCUCUUCUCUUUUGAACCAAGACAAGAACUCUUUCUGAUGAAGAUGAUUGGCAUUGGAACCCUAACUUCUUCUUCUUCUUCUCCAUCUAAGAUCCUUCUCGAAGAUUCUCAUCCACGAAUUUUUCGCUGUGGGACAGAGAUCUUCCCUUGUGUUCCAUGGAAAACGUUUCAUCACUUCAAGUUUUUACGUUUAGAUUCUGCUCAGCGCAGGACUCUUAAGCCAAUUCGGCUUCGUUUUUCUUCGAUUAAGGAUUCUCAGGUGAACGAAGAAGCUCUUACAAAAAAGGUUCGUGUAAGGUUCCAAUUGCGGAAAGAGUGUGUCUUUGGUGAACAUUUUUUCAUUCUUGGUGAUGAUCCUGUGUUUGGUGGCCUCUGGGAUCCAGAAACUGCCUUGCCACUGAACUGGUCAGAUGGGAAUGUCUGGACCUUAGACCUGGAUAUGCCUGUUGGAAGAUUGGUUGAGUUCAAGUUCAUACUAAAGGCGCAGACUGGGGAGAUCUUGUGGCAACCAGGUCCAAACCGGUCUCUUGAGACCUGGGAAACUAAUAAAACAAUCAGGAUAUGUGAAAACUGGGAUAAUGCUGAUCUCCAGAUGAUGAUUGAGGAAGAUUAUGUGCCAUUCAAUCAAGAAGACAGUAUCACUCACCCUAAGCAAAGCGUGAGGGUUGACACCAUUAGAGAAGAGGUGGAUGAAGUGUUUGGUACUACUGUACACCAAAACUCUUCAGUAGUAGUUGUAGAGAAUGCGGGAUACGUAAGUGAUGAGUCUGCAGAUAUACUAAGUGAGAAAACUAUGGAAUCUUCUAAUGGAGCUUUGACUGCUCGGGAUGUGACCAGCGAAGCCAUGUUUACCGAGGAAGAAAGUCCAGUUUUGGUCCCUGGAUUGGUUUCUCUGUCUGAAUUGGAAAAUGAAGAUAUGGAAGUUAUUAACGAAGGUAAAGCAGAAACGUUCCUGGAGGUAGAUAAGAAGCAAGAAACCAAAGGAGAAAUAAUCAAGAAAGAGAAAGUAAAAGCGAUUUCAUUAUUGGACAAAUCGGAGCUAGAAGCAGUGAAAAGUGUAGAUCAGAGGCAAUACAAUGUAGUAGAGGAAGAGCAGCAGCGGCUAGAGACAGAGCCGCUUGGAACGCCGGAUAUGCUUUUAGAGAAUGAUAUCCAAUGGGGACGUAGAACACUUCGCAAGCUUCUAAGCAACUUCAGACUUUUCUAAACACAAAAAAAGUUUUGAGUGCAUACAUUCACCGGAAAAAGAGCCUCAAGAAGAUGAUUCUCCCAUGGUUUCAGACAGAUAGUCAAAAUUGUUCUUAAAAGGUGCGCUGCCUUCUUCUUUCUGCUCAUCUUUACGUUUUGUAUCUAUGAGAAUUGAUAGUAGAUUGAAUUCAUGUAGUGUUGUCUUUGUAUAUAUGUAUGAUCAAAUGGUUUUGACAGAGAGAUGAGGAAAGAAUGGAGUGCUAGUGUUUAGUACAUAUAUCAUGUGGAUCCAAUUGUAUUGUUGUUGUUACAUUAAUGAUGGCGAUCAUGAUUAUCAUAUGAUUGGUCUUACAAUUCCAAUUUCCUACACAAAUGAUGAUGAUCAUGAUUAUCACAAAAUGUGUAUAUUAAUCUUUUAUAGAAGAUCUAGUUGUUGUACA